AUGGGCGAAGUUCACAUAAACACUUUUGCGUUAUCUUUCGAAAACAACCGUUUAAGUUACUGCGGGCAGGACUGCCAAAAAAUUCCGACCGCGCUAUGGACAAUGUACGGCACCAAAGCGCAAUAUUUGGAUUUAAGCUACAACAAUAUCGAAUCCCUCAGAGGCUUGGAAUAUUUCACGAGGCUACAAGAAUUAAUAUUGGAUAACAAUAAAUUAGAAGACAACAUAAAGUUGCCUUUUCUACCUCAUUUAAAAACGCUUUCUUUGAAUAACAACAAGCUUACAGAUUUGGAAGGGUUAAUUCAAAAGAUAUGUGAUUCCUUGCCGGCGCUUUCAUAUCUAAGCUUGCUUAGAAACAAAGCCUGUCCAAACCAACUCUCAGACUUUGAUAAAGAUGAUUCAGAUUACCAGAGAUACAGGUGCUUCGUAAUAUACAAACUGCGCGAUCUGCGCUUCCUCGACUCGCGGCGCGUGUCGGCGCAAGAACGCGCCGAGGCGUUCGCGCGCGGCGAGUUCACGCGCGUACGCCGUCCCCCCGCCGACGCGGAACAGCCGCCGCCCACCAUUGGCCCGCUCGUUCGGCCGAUGCCCGUCGACCUGGCGUCGCUGGGCAAGCACAGAGGUGCCUAUGGGAAAUGUCGAUUCAAAUACACGGGCAAGCAUUCUGAAGGCAACAGAUUUAUCGUUAACAGCGAUUUG